UAUCAAGAUUGCCAACAGAACGAACGGGGGUUGAUUGCCUCCGGCGAGGACUGCUUCCCUCGUUUGAAAAGGUCCGAGCGCCGAUUCGGGUCGCUCCCCGAUAAACCUGGCAUGCCUCCUUUCCUUUAUCAGCCCUGCCAGCUGCCGUCUUUAUUCUGAGAGCACCACGAAAUCGAUCUCCUCCCGUGAUCAAGACCAGUGAAGAUGAAGUUCUGCAAGAAGUACGAGGAGUACAUGCAGGGGAAGAGGGAGAAAGAUUUCCCUGGAGUUGGGUUGAAGAAACUUAAGAAGGUUCUCAAGAGAUGUAGGAGAGACCUAGAGGCCCAACGUCAACGCCGGGAAGGGGAAGAGGAAAGCAAAUGCCCUUGCAGUUGUGCAGUGUGUGAUGGGACAUUCUUCCCAUCCCUACUCAAAGAGAUGUCAAUAGUUGUUGGUUGCUUUAAUCAGAGAGCACAGAAGUUACUCGAAAUGCAUCUGGCGUCAGGCUUUCUAAAGUACUUUGCAUGGUUCUCGGGCAAUUCUCAGCAAAACCAUGAAACUUUAAUGCAAGAAGGCAAGGACUUGGUAACAUAUGCCAUCAUAAACUCCGUUGCCAUGAGGAAAAUAUUGAAAAAGUAUGACAAGAUUCAUUUCUCAAAGCAAGGGCAGGCUUUCAAAUCACAAGCAUUCAAGAUGCACAUUGAGAUCCUUCAAUCUCCAUGGCUGAGUGAGCUAAUGGCCUUUUAUAUUAAUUUGAGGCAAACCAAGGUCAAGGAUGAAGCUAUUAUGAGACCAUUUGGUGACUGCUCACUCACAUUCAACGAUGACAAACCAAGACUUUCAUGUGAACUCUUUGAAUCUAUGAAGAUAGAAGUAGAUUUGACUUGCUCUAUCUGUUUGGACACGGUUUUUGAUCCUGUUUCUCUCACAUGCGGCCAUAUAUUCUGCUAUAUAUGCAGUUGUUCUGCAGCAUCGGUGACAAUUGUCGAUGGGCUAAAGGCUGCAGACCCCAAAGCAAAAUGUCCUCUUUGUAGACAGGAAGGAGUUUUUGAAGGUGCUCUCCACCUGGAUGAACUGAACAUCUUGUUAAGUCGAAGUUGUCAUGAUUACUGGGAGAUGCGACUUCACAACGAAAGAGCUGAACGCCUUCGUCAAGCCAAAGAACAUUGGCAACUGCAGUGCCAAGCAUUCAUGGGUUUCUAAUUGCAACUUCAGCUACUUGUAUAUAAACAGUAAAUGAAUGAAGAUUGUAGGUAAUAUUCUGUCUUGAUGGCCUUCUGGGAUAUUAAACUUGGGACUGAUAUCUUUGAAUUGUGCCAUUUCUCUGAUGAAAGGUUGUUGCAAUAAAUUGGUUUUUCAGAUUGUUUA